ACGACGCAAACUUCUCGGUCCCAGCCAACCAGCGUUAAGUCAGGUAGACUCUUGUAAAGAUGGCGACCGUGAGGCAUAGUGGAGUUAAAACUGGACCCUUAGCCUUUAGUAAACACCACUGGUCCAGACACCCUCAGAACUGACAAGGCACCGAGACACCAGGUUUAUCGACCUCUUUGUCACACGCAGCAUGCUGUUCGGUGUUGCAUGGUGACGUAUUUGGUUGCUUUUGUUUUCGGUUACACCGUGGCUCCCUUGGACCGAUAGCUUCAAGUUGGAAAGCGACUGCUAGCCUGUGGCUAGUCGUAUAGCUCAGUUUGGAUCUGUUUAUAUGGAUUUUGUGCACUUCUGGCCCCAAGAGUGCUAACACGGGGCUUAUUGAGUUUUUACGGAAAGAGCCGCCCAUGAGUCCCCUGAUUUAAAAUCCGCUACUGCGAGAGGAGGAUCUGGCAUUGCCGCUCCGUUUGUGGAGAGUAGAGUCGGACCGAGUUAGCCGUCAUGUAUUUUCUAACCGGCUGGCCCCGGAGGCUGCUCUGUCCACUUAGGAGUGAAGAAGAGCCCUUCCACAUCCAGCCCAGCUCCCAGAGGUUCUACUUCGCCCUUCUAUCCGAAACCCAGCUCAGCAUCUGGUUCAGCCGGCCCAGUGUUUUGAUAGUCAGCUAUAUCGAGUCUGCAAAGGCGGCGGCCCAGUUUGGUUUCUACCAGAAAGCAGAAUGGAAACCAGACGACUCCAUGAUAGCUGUGGCUACCGCUAAGGGCUACAUCCUUCUGUUUGAUGUGCUUGGAGGAGGAGAUGAAAAGUACCUCUAUGAGCCUGUCUAUCUAAAAGGAAGUCCACGUGUGAAGGUCACCCCGGGGUAUAAGGAGGAGCAAUGUGCUCCUGCUCUGUCUUUAGAGAUGAAGAAGCCUGUGGAUCUGGAAGCCCCCAUUACCAGUGUGCAGUCUCUCCAGGAGGACUUACUGGUUUGCACAGCUGACGGUUACAUUCAUGUACUGCACUGGGAUGGGUUAGGCAGCAACGGACGCAAAGCCAUCUGCCUUACCACAAUUCCUUUUUCAUUAGACCUGCAGUCUGCCCGAGGUUGUCCCUCCCUGGACCUGGAGGGAGUGUAUAUCCACUGCAUGGAGUACUGUGUGACUCUAGACGGCUUGGCUGUGGUUCUGAGUGAUGGACGCCUGGGGUUUAUCACACCGCUGAGCAACACCCUCACCACAGAUCAGCUACAGGGAGUUUGGGCAGCAGACGUGAACGAUGGCACCUGCGUGGCCGUCAACAACAAGUACAGACUGAUGGCUUUUGGCUGCACCAGUGGCUCCGUGCUGGUUUACAUGAUAGAUACCACCACAGGAUCCAUGCAGCUCUCCCACAAACUGGAGCUCACACCAAAACACUAUCCAGACAUCUAUAACAAGACCGGCCCUGUCAAGCUAAUCUGCUGGUCACCUGACUGUAGCGUUGCCAUGGUAACAUGGGAGUGUGGCGGCCUGUCACUGUGGAGUGUUUUCGGCGCUCAGCUCAUCUGCACUUUGGGAGAGGACUUUGCGUAUCGAUCUGAUGGUACCAAGAAAGACCCCCUUAAAAUAUGCUCUAUGAGCUGGGGAGCAGAGGGCUACCACCUGUGGGUGCUCCCUAACAAGCAGGACAGGAGGAGAGGUGAGGAGCAGCAAGACGUGGACAUGGUUUCUCCUCCCCCCCCUCCCCUGCAGGCUGGUAUUCUGCAGUUCCACUUCAUUAAGAGUGCCCUCACAGUCAACCCCUGCACGAGCAACCAGGAGCAGGUGUUGCUCCAUGGUGAAGACCGCCUCUACCUGACCUGUGGAGACCCGACGCAGAUCCAAAGCGCCUCUGACAAAAAGCCGCACGCACAUCUACACCCACAUGAUGGCAGUCCUCUGCACCAGCCCCCCAACCCCGAUUCCCCCCUCUCUCAGGGACUCAGCACUUUACUGGGACACAAGCACUGGCAUGUGGUCCAGAUUCACAGCACAUACUUAGAGAGCAACUGGCCUAUACGUUUUGCAGCCAUUGACACAGCAGGUCAAUGCAUGGCUGUAGCAGGCAGGCGGGGCUUUGCACACUACUCCCUUUACACGAGGAAAUGGAAGCUGUUUGGGAAUGUCACUCAGGAGCAGAACAUGACGGUGACAGGAGGGCUGGCUUGGUGGAACGACUUUAUUGUGGUGGCCUGUUACAAUUUCACAGACCAGCAAGAGCAGCUGAGGCUCUAUCAGCGCACAGCAAACCUGGACAACGCCUUUGCCUCGGUCACUAAGCUGCACUCAGACACUCUGCUGCUCAACGUCUUCAGAGACAUGGUCAUCCUGUUCAGAGCCGACUGCUCCAUCUGCCUCUAUAGCAUAGAGAAGAGGAACGACAGACCAAACCCGUCAGCCUGCGUGGAGCUGCUGCAGGAGGUGUCCAUGUCUCGCUACAUCCCUCACCCAGCUCUCGUCGUCUCCGUCACGCUAACAUCUGUGCGCACCGAAACCGGUAUCACAUUAAAAGCCCCGCAGCAGGCCUGCAUGGCAGAGAGCAUCAUGUUGAAUCUGGCUGGCCAGCUGAUCAUGCUGCAGAGGGACCGGUCAGGACCACAGGUACGAGAGAAAGAGACGCCCACCGUCAACAAAAAGCUGUUACCGUUCUGUCCUCCCGUCGUGCUGGCACAAUGUGUGGAAAACGUCUGGACCACCUGCCGCUCCAACAAGAAGAAGCGCCACCUGCUGGAGGCCCUGUGGUUGUCCUGCGGAGAGGCAGGGAUGAAAGUGUGGCUGCCGCUGUUUCCCAGAGACCAUCGGAAGCCCCACUCCUUCCUCUCCAGACGUAUAAUGCUGCCCUUCCACAUCAACAUCUACCCUCUGGCGGUGCUGUUCGAGGACGCCCUGGUGCUGGGGGCCACCAACGAGACGGUGCUCUACGACGGGCUGCAGGGCUCCUCCGAGCCUCUGGAGUCUCUGUUCCCCUACUGCACCGUGGAGAGGACCUCCCAGAUCUACCUCCACCACAUCCUGAGGCAGCUGCUGGUUCGCAACCUGGGCGAACAGGCUUUGAUGCUGGCUCAGUCAUGUGCCUCGCUCCCCUACUUCCCCCACGUCAUGGAGCUGAUGGUCCACGUGGUACUGGAAGAAGAGGCCACGUCCCGGGAGCCCAUUCCUGACCCUCUGCUGCCUACUGUGGCCAAGUUCAUCACCGAGUUCCCCCUCUUCCUGCAGACCAUUGUGCACUGUGCCAGGAAGACGGAGUACGCCCUGUGGAAUUACCUGUUUGCGGCUGUGGGGAACCCCAAAGAUCUGUUUGAGGAGUGUCUCAUGGCUCAAGAUCUGGACACGGCCGCUUCGUACCUGAUAAUACUGCAGAACAUGGAGGUUCCAGCCGUGAGCAGACAGCACGCCACUCUCCUCUUCAACACUGCACUUGAACAGGGCAAGUGGGACCUCUGCCGGCACAUGAUCCGAUUCCUCAAAGCAAUUGGCUCAGGGGAGAUGGAGACCCCGCCCCCAACACCUUCUUCUCAGGAACCCAGCUCAACCGGAGGUUUCGAGUUCUUUCGGAAUCGCAGCAUCAGCCUAUCGCAGUCGGCCGACUCCAUCACGACGGGAAAGUUCAACCUGCAGAAGACCUUCAGCAUGCCCUCUGGAUCUUCUGCCAAAGGCCGGGACGUGGAGUGUGCGGAGAACAUGUACAUCGACAUGAUGCUGUUCCGCCACGCCCGGCACCUCCUGGAGCAGGUGCGGCUGCGGGACCUGGGCUGCUUUUCCGCCCAGCUGGGCUUCGAGCUGAUUGGCUGGCUGUGCCGCGAGCGGAACCGCGUGGCCCGGGUGGAGGACUUCGUCUGCGCCCUGAAGCGGCUCCACGAGGACUUCCUCUGGCCGUUCCCCGUCAUCCCCGUGGGAAGCCUCAGCUCGCCGCUGAAGAACGGCCGCUGUCGCAGCGUGCUGAGCACGCGGCUGCUGAAGUCCCAGUCCGCCGACAGUCUGCUGCACAGCGACAUGGACACAGCCCCGCCCCCAGAAGCUCCGCCCGGCCACACCUGGCUGGACGGGCUGGGGCAGAGGGCCAAAGACAUGGACACGGCCUCGUCCGCUCACUCCACCCAGAACUCACCACAGACGCACGACGCCUUUCUGUCACUGCUCACAAACAAAGUGGAGGAGUACAGCAUCGGCUCGGCCACCGACCUGACGGAGACCAGUUCGGUGGUGGACGGCGACUGGAUGAUGGUGGAUGAGAACUCCUCCACCCUGAGCCUGAGCCAGGCCGAGCUGGAGCACAUCUCCAUGGAGCUGGCCAACAAGGGUCCGCACAAGUCGCAGGUGCAGCUGAGGUACCUCCUGCACGUGUUCAUGGAGGCAGGCUGCCUGGAGUGGUGCGUUGUGAUUGGUUUGAUCUUGCGGGACGCACACGUCAUCAAGCAGGUGAUCAACUUCUUGAACAGUCCAGAGGUUCCCCCGGAAACUGUUCAGAGCAUCCAAAGCGGCCUAUUGGCUGUCGACGCGUGGGCCUCCGCCGACUGCCUGGGGUACAAGCCCUUCCUGAACCUGAUCCAGCCGCAGCUGCAGCAGCUGAUCGAGGCGACGUCCGAGCAGGCGCAGCCCGAAGCGUUCCAGCCCGCCGGCCAGAGCGCCAAGCUGGGGGGCGCCGAGGGGCUGGGGGGGGGGGCGGGCGGGCCCCCGGCCCGAGGACGGCCGGGGGGGGGCCACUCCGCUGGGUUUGGCUUUGCCCUCACUGGAACUGGCCGCUUUCUCCCGCCCCCCCUCCGAGGACUGCGCCCCCUCACAGACGGAGGAGCCGGGAGAGGAGGAGGACGCCUACGACUGCACCCUGUCCUGAAGCUCACCGCCGGGGGCGCCGGUGAUGCUGCUGGCCAGCUGCAGAAACAGCUGUCUGACCAGCUGUUACCCACAGCUGUGGAGCAGCAUCUGCUUCAGUCAGAAAAGAUUGGAAAACGGCAGAGAGGCACCCUGGUUUUCCAGCGGGCCGCCGUUGGACUCUAA